UUGGGGUUAAAAGAUAUCUGGUAGAAUAUUGGCCAUCCAAGCAAAGUACUGCAGAUAUACGGUGCUUUGCACUACCGCAAAUUCUGAACUCCUGUUUUUCUAUGAUUUUGCGUAGAUGAGAGAUUUUAGGGGCGAGAAGUGUUUUGGGAGCAUUUAUUUUAUUUUAAUUUAUUCAGCACGAAGUUUCAACUUCUGAUUGAAAGGCACUAAAGGGUGAAUUUGUAAAUUUGACACGUUUUAACAUACUGUGAUUUUUCUUUUAUGCCCCGUUUGAUAGCAACGGCACCGUUUCAGCACAGGGUGUAAGACCGUCUUUUCGUUUUUGUUUUUGGGUCGGUUAAGGGUUUUGAACUUUGGCGUGCAGAGUGUUCCGUCGAGUUGCACCGAAACAGCGCUGUGAGGCAUUCAUUAGUGUCGCUGUCAUUCAUUGUUGCGUCUCUCACGCUUAGCACACGCUAUAGACAGGGUUUUGCAGAUAUGGAGUACGUGAGCCCUGAAGGCCUUCGCUUAGAUGGUCGCCGUCCCAUGGAAAUGAGGCAAAUUCGAGCAGAGAUUGGUGCCGUGGCCAAAGCUGACGGUUCUGCUGUGUUUGAGAUGGGUAACACUAAAGUGAUUGCUGCAGUAUAUGGCCCUAGAGAGGUCCAAAAUAGGAGUCAACAAAUGAAUGACAAGGCCCUGGUGCGAUGCGAGUAUAGCAUGGCUAAUUUUAGUACUGGGGAUCGCAUGAGAAAACCAAAGGGUGACAGGCGAUCCACAGAGAUAUCUUUAGUUAUUCGCCAGACCAUGGAAGCUUGCAUAUUGACACAUUUGAUGCCUCGGUCUCAGAUAGAUAUUUUUGUCCAAGUACUCCAAGCGGAUGGAGGAACUAGAUCUGCAUGUAUCAAUGCUGCAACUUUAGCCCUUGCAGAUGCUGGGAUCCCAUUGCGGGAUCUUGUUACUUCAUGUAGUUCAGGGUACCUUAAUAGCACUCCUCUGCUUGAUUUGAACUACGUAGAAGAUAGUGCUGGAGGUCCUGAUGUCACUGUAGGGUUUCUCCCUAAGUUGGACAAAGUGACCCUUCUUCAGAUGGAUUCUAAGUUACCAAUAGACAUUUUUGAAAACGUCAUGCAACUUGCAAUUGAAGGCUGCAAAGCAGUAGCAAAUUACAUUCGAGAAAUAUUGCUAGAGAAUACCAAGCAACUAGAGUAUCGUCGGGGUCUAUAGUUUAUAAACAAGGUAUCUCUUCUAACGUUGGUCCUCGGAAACUACAUUUUGACCUGAUCAUCUUUAGGCUUCCAUUGCUUCAGUGUGGAUUUGUGAAUCCCUAUAUCCAAUUAAAAGCAACCAUAUACAUGUUUCAACUCUUAAUGGUUCCCUGCAUGUGGCGGGGAAUGUGGCAAAGCAUGUAUGAAAUCCAAGGAGAAUGAAAGUACCUCCCAAAGGAAUAAUUAUUUGUCAAAAAUGGACGACAUCCUAGGCCCUGGCUAGUUUUAGAUGAACAAUGAUUUUUCUUUUUUGGAUGACUAGAUGAAUGGCUUUUCUGCUUGCCAACUUACUGGUAUUCUUAGUUGUAAUCUUGGUAAUAUCAGCUCUUGUCGUGAAUAUGAAGACCUUGUUGUUUACUGAUGGUUUAGGUUGUCAUUGCUGAACAAAGAUAAGGGCUUGGACUUGAACAAAGAUGUCCAUAUUCAAAAUUGGCACAGUUCAUGAAGUUUUGUUGUAUUACAGCUGCAUAAGCUGUGUUAAUUCAGCAGUUUUGAGUUUUA